CCCCUCUCUCUCUCUCCCCCCCUCUCCCUCUUAGAUCUUCCAUCUUCCCGAUACCUCUAACGGUCACUUCUGGUUCCACUGCCACUACAUAACCCCUGACCCCUUGCUGCUUCGCCUUCUCUCUAGAACGUUAUCGAUCUCUCCUUCGCUCUCUCUCUCUCUCUGUCCGAAAAAUGGCUCGGCAUCUCUGUCACUGUUCUCUGGUGCAUCUCCUUCUCCUCGUCGCGGCGGGGACUGUGGCGGCGGCGCAGGGCGGAGGAGGAGCGGUGGAUCCGUCGGAGCUGUGGUGCGUGGCGAAGAACAACGCGGAGGACGCGGCGCUUCAGACGGCGAUCGACUGGGCAUGUGGGCCUGGCGGCGCCGACUGCGGCAUGAUCCAGCAAGGCGGACCUUGCUACGACCCCAUGGAUCUCCAACAAACGGCUUCGUAUGCUUUCAAUGACUAUUACCUGAAGCACGGCCUCGCCGACGACGCCUGCUUCUUCGACAACAACGCCGCUCUCACUUCCCUGAAUCCUAGUCGUGGAAAGUGCAAAUUCCCUUCAAGCAAAAUGGUGAGCAAUGGCAGUGUUGCGGAUACGGCUUCAAUGCCGGGAACUGGGCAGCGGGGGUUUGCAGAUUCGAGUGGAACCAGUCGGAUAUCAAGCGUUUGGGUUUGGCCCUUCCUUGGUUCGAGCCAUCUGUUCGCAAUGGCAUGGAAAAUUCACCAUCUGUAGCUCGUUACCGACGAAAGGGCAUCAUUUUGAAGCCAAGUGACCUUUCAAGGAUCCCACUGAUAAAAUGUACACCGUUUUUCGGUAGCUUCAAUGAAAAUCUGUAUCUUCCUCUAUUGUAGGGUUGUGUUCAUCUAUGCCUUUUUUUUUUUUUGAAAGACUUGCAAAAGAAGGUUCAGGGGAAGGAAAUGGAAGAGUUAUGAACUAGGUUUCAUCA